CGAAACUUGCUACUCCUGUAAUUUAAACUGAUAUUUCAAUGCACAGCGAACGUAGUUUCGCCCUAUCGUACAAGUACAAAUGCGCAUGCAUUGACAACUGAUAUUACAAAUAAGCAACGUAGCGCGUGUGUUAGUAAUAAACGACCUUGACUGGAGUUACUCACUUCAGAUAUCGCAUACGUAUGAAGCGUGCGUUAAUAUCGGAUAUAUCAACUAUCUUUACAUGUACUCGAUCUUAUCGGAUUAUGUUACUGCGCAGCAAUCAACAGUUUCAGUGAUUUAGGGGCGUAAAUUAUUAAAAUGUACGUUGUGGUUUUAACCUGUUUCGUGCUUGCUUUAGCACUAUAUUUCGCGUACAGACAAGGCGACCCAAUGCAUAACGUGUUACAGGGACACACAGACGAAGAAUAUGAUUAUAUUAUAGUCGGAGCAGGGUCAGCUGGUUCAGUGGUUGCGGCAAGGCUAGCCGAAGACUCCGAUAACAAGGUAUUGCUAUUAGAAGCAGGCGGACAUUAUUCGGAAAGGCCUAGCUUUUUUCAGAGUCCCUUAAUGUGGGCAAUGGGUCUGAAAACUGAAUACGAUUGGGAGUACUACACAAAACCACAGGAAAAAUCCAGUUUCGGUUUAAAGGGCCAGAGAAGCUAUUGGCCAAGAGAGCGCGUUUUAGGCGGGACAAGUUGCAUAAAUGGCGUCCAAUACACAAGGGGAAUCUUAUUUGAUUUUGACGAAUGGGAGGCGGCUGGGUGUACAGGGUGGGGCUAUAAGGAAGUGCUCCCCUAUUUCCUGAAAUCCGAAGACAUACACAUUGAAAGCUUGAAAUCCUCUCCUUACCAUAGCCAGGGAGGGCCUAUUGCCGUAUCGUACGGUCACGUGACCGAGCUAAAUGAACACAUUUUAAAGGCUGGACAACGACUUGGAUAUGACGUCACUGAUUAUAACGCAAAAGAUCAGCAUGGGUUCAGCACUGUGCCAAAAUCUCUUCGAGAUGGUGUAAGUGCAAGGUCUGGAUUGGAAUACAUUGGUAAAAAACAAAUGAGAAAUUUGCACGUUUCACUUCAAAGUUUUGCAACAAAGAUUCAAAUCGACAAAAGUGAUAAAACAGCAAAAGGCGUUUAUUAUAUAAAGCACGGCAGCAAAUUCUACGUUAAAGCAAGACGUGAAAUUAUUAUUUCAGGCGGAACCAUAAAUACUCCCCAAUUGCUAUUAUUAUCCGGUAUAGGACCAAGUGAUCACCUCAAAGAGAAGAACAUUCCAGUUAUAACUGAUUUACCUGUUGGGCAGAAUUUGCAAGACCAUUUGUAUAUACCACUGUUGUCACAUAUAAACCAAAGUUUGAGCAUAACGAUCGAUGACGUCGAAAGCUACUGGAUGAAACUCCGUUUCUCGCUACAGGGAAAAGGUAUAUAUUCUACUUCUACGCUAGACACUUCAGCGUUUCUGCAUUUAGUGAACCCCAACGUUGGAAAAAGGUAUCCGGAUAUCCAAAUGAUCUUUGAAGCAACACUGUACUCAUCAAACGUGCUAAAUUACGAAGAUUACAUCGCGCAUGCGCUGCUGAAUAGUGACGCAAAACAGCACGGCUUUACAUCUGCUAUAUGCCUUACGAGACCGUUCAGUCGGGGGCAAAUUACACUGAAAAGUAACGAUCCGUUCGACCAUCCGACUAUUGACCCUAAGUACUUAGAGGACGAAAGAGAUGUGAACACUUUGAUUGGAGGAAUCCGUGUAUGGGAGAAGCUUAUGGAGACACCAGAAAUGAAGGCACUAGGCGUUGAUAUCGACCGGAUGAAGAUGCCAUUCUGUUCCAAACACAAGUUCCGCUCUGAUGAAUACUGGGAAUGCCUGAUACGUCACAUCGGAAUCUCUAUGUAUCACCAUUCUGGAACGUGCAAGAUGGGACCGAUUGAGGAUCAUAGCACAGUGGUUGACCCUGAGUUGAGGGUCAAAGGAAUUCAAGGUCUUCGUGUUGCGGACGCCUCUGUGUUUCCAAAUGUUACAUCUGGCAAUAUAAAUGCUCCGGUCAUUAUGGUUGGAGAAAAGGCAGCCGAUUUGAUCAUAGGAAAAGACACAGUUUCUGAAUUUCGUAGAAAUAUUUAAUGUGUUUUGUUUGCUGUACCGCUUUAAUCUUAAUACAUGUACGCCUAUCUUUUUUGUCCCCUACCUGUUUCACCGGAGGGGACUUAUGGCUUGCGUUCUGUGUGUCCGUCAGUCAGUCCGUCUGUCAGUCAGUCCGUGAGUCUGUCACACUUAUCUGGAUCCUGCGAUAACUUUAAUAGUUCUUAAUAUAUUUUCAUGAAACUUGAAACAUGGAUAGAUGGCAAUAUGGACAUUAUGCACGUCAUUUCAUUUUGUUCCUACGUCAAAAAUUCUGGUUGCUAUGGCAACAAAUACAAAAAUAAAUAAUAAAUAUUUCUGACAAUGGUGGAGCCGGUAGGAGACAUUUACCGCUUUGCAAAAGUCUUGUUGUUAAUUAUUCGUGUUUUAAAGGAAAAGUAAAUUCCUUGUUUAAUCCAAUGUUUGUAAUCCCCUCCCCAAAUAAGAAGUAUUAUAUAUUCAUCAACUGUAACGCUUCUGUGAUCACAUAGUUGAGGCCACACACUAUCAUAUUAUGAGAGUAAAAAUCUGCCGAAACAAUAAUGAUGCACUUUCCGAUUUAUUAAUUGAACAGUAAUGUGUUUGAAUGAUGGGCUUUUGAAAUAUCCCAAUGAGAUUACAGAAAUAUAUUAUUUUAAGACUGUCAAUUGCUUAAUUUAUUUUAAUGGAUGUAUUAUGACACCUGAGGUGCUUGAUUCCUUCAUAUUAAAAUAGUUUAUAUCAGUAUGUUUGAAUUAAAUUGUAUCAACGUUUAUAAGAGCAAUUACAUUAGUUCAGACGUGCAUCAUACUAUUGUAUGUGUCUCAAGAAAAUGAAUGAAUUAAAUAUAAACUGUUGUCGAAAUCUCAAUCGAUCUACAACGAUUUUUGAAUACAAGGAGUAACUUCGUCUGAUACCACGUGCGCAAUUCUUAUAAUGUUCAUUUAAAAGGGCAUAGCGAAAUUUGGUAUUUAAUGAAUUAUUGAGAUUGUUGUAGUUUUCUGGGAGAUCAUUUUGGCGGGGGAAAGGGGAGGGGAGAGGCUCAUUUAUUGAUGCAUACGCCUUUUUUAUCCAUUGUAUACAACACAUGAUAGUUUCUGUUACGUACGCGAUUUUGUAGACUUGGGUUAUCUACGUUAACCAUGUAGGCAAAUGUCGUAUAUUGGUAUGUGUUUUGUUAUACACAGUUGCCCUAAUGUAACGAUGCUACUCGAAAGUGUAAUGAGGUAACUAGUCUUUUCCAAUAUAUAUUUAUGUAUUUCGUCUGAGUUUAUGUGCCUAUUUAGGUAGCAGAAACUAAAUACUAAAAAACAAAACAUGUUUAACUCCUAAACAUUUUGUUUGUUAAAUUGGUUCUACUCACGUUACGGUACUAUGAGUGUGAUGCAAUAUGAUAAUUAAAAUAGUUAUGAAUAUACCACCCAUUUUAUUCGAAUAAAAGAUUUUUCGAAUUUACUAAUUUGUGAUUUAUUUUCAGUAGAUUAUUUCAAUUAAUAUCAGGCAGAAUAAACAGGCAUAAUUA